AUGGCUUUUACUAAGAAAGACGUAACUCUCUCUGAAGACCGACCGAAAACGUUACUUCUGCAGAAACAUUCAGAUUACCUGGCCAGCUAUGGUCUUAACAAAGAUGAUUAUGAAUAUUGCAUGACUGAAUAUCUGCGUAUGUCGGGUAUUUAUUGGAGCCUCACAGCUAUGGAAUUAAUGAACCAAUCGUCAAGAAUGCCAAAAGAAGAGAUUAUCGAGUUCAUUACAUCUUGUCAAGAUAAAGAAAGUGGAGGUAUAUCAGCCAGUAUUGGACACGAUCCACAUAUGUUAUACACCUUAAGUGCUAUUCAGGUACUGGCAAUGUAUGAUAGAGUUAACGCAAUUGAUGUUGAAGGUGUAGUGAGAUAUGUGGCCUCUAUGCAGCAAGAGGAUGGCAGCUUUUUUGGUGACAAAUGGGGAGAAGUGGACACAAGGUUUUCGUUUUGUGCAGUAAUGUGUCUAUCUCUUUUACAUCGGCUAGAUGCGAUCAAUAUAAACAAAGCUGUAGACUUCGUUCUAAGUUGUAUGAAUUUUGAUGGUGGUUUUGGGUCUAAACCAGGAUCAGAAAGCCAUGCAGGUCUCAUUUACUGCUGUGUGGGUACAUUGUCAAUCUGCAAAAGGAUGGAUGCUUUACAUGCUGAUGAGCUUGCAUGGUGGCUUUGUGAGAGGCAGUUGCCAAGUGGUGGACUUAAUGGGAGACCAGAAAAACUACCAGAUCUUUGUUACUCUUGGUGGGUGAUGUCAUCCCUAUCAAUGUUGAACAGAAUACAUUGGGUAGAUAAAAAAAAUCUAGAACAAUUCAUAUUAGCUUGUCAAGAUCCAGAAACUGGAGGUUUCAGUGACAGGCCUGGUGACAUUACUGAUCCUUUUCAUACAUUAUUUGGGUUAGCGGGUUUGUCUUUACUAGGAAAUGAAAAUAUAAAACCUGUGAACCCUACAUAUUGUAUGCCUCAAGAAACAAUAGACAGAUUAAAAUUGGAACCACAAAUUUUAUUGAUUUAA